AUGGCAACUGAUGUUGCCGUUUAUGGCACAAGCAUGGUUGCUAGGGUGUUGCAUCUUUUCUACAGAUUGGUUGUCCAGCCAAAUGCAUCUAGGGCUCACAUGUUUGCGGAAGAAUUCCUAGCAUGUGGUGGCAUAGAAACUCUUCUUGUUCUGCUCCAGAGGGAAGCUAAAGCUGGAGAUAGUAAUGUCCUGGAUUCAUGGUCAACAAAUCCUGAACUUCAAAGAACUGAGAUUAGUGGUGGUAAUGAAAUGACAAAAGGAAGUCAAGAGGGGGAAGGGUCACGGGAGAAAAGUGAAGCCAUCUUACAAGACAAUGACCAAGGUUCUCUAUCUGUUGAUAGUGGCAGUAGCCAUGAUCCUAUUUCUCCUGUAUUUGCUUCUGAAAUUCCUUCUGUCAAGAAUUUGGGAGGCAUAAGUCUAUCCAUUAGUGCAGACAGUGCUAGAAAAAAUGUUUACAAUGUUGAUAAAAGUGAUGGCAUUGUUGUUGGGAUCAUAGGUCUCUUAGGUGCUUUAGUAGCUUCAGGACAUCUGAGAAUUGGUUCCCGAGCCGGUCCUGAUACAACAAGCAACCUUUUGGGUGUUGGACUCCAUGACAAAGGUGGUACUAUGUUUGAAGACAAAGUCUCUCUUCUACUUUAUGCUUUACAAAAGGCUUUUCAAGCAGCACCCAACAGGCUAAUGACUAACAAUGUUUACACAUCUUUGUUGGCUGCGUCGGAAUCCACUCUCCCAAAUCGUUUGUUCGACACCAUGUUAUCUGUGAAUCAGCUUGGAUUAACUAAAGCUGAGAAUGAACUUCAGAAUUGCAGUGCCUUCUUUAUGGUUUGUGUCUUUUAUGUAUUGCGCUUAGAGUAUUUUGGUACUUGUGACCUGGUUCUUGUAUUACUUAUGGAUGAUAUUCGCCUUCUUUGUACUUCAAAUUCCCCCAAAGAUUCUUACAUACAGUUGUGCUCCUCUGAUAGAAUUGUUAUAGGAAUACCAUUGAUGCUGCUUGGUAUGCUCCCUCAUCUAACAAAUGUGGCCACUACACCUUUUGUGGAAUCUCCUCAACUUGUUGAUCAAUCACAAGCCACCUUGCUACUUUCUCCCUUUGACAUAUCAUCUGUUGUCCCUCUUGUUAUUCCUGCUCUUGUUCCACUUUCAUCUUUUUCUCAAAAUGACCUAGUGGUGCAUCAAGAUCAUGCGGAGCUACCAACCAUAAAAGGAAACUUACCAGUUGAUGGGAGAAGGAGAUUUGCUAAUAUUAGUAUUAAUGCCUCUUCUUCCGAGGAUGGGCUAAACUUUUAUGAUUCUGGUCAUCGCUUUGAGCAUUCACAACUUUUGUUAGUGCUUUUGCAUUCCCUUCCAUUUGCACCUAGGCCACUACAGAGCAGAGCACUACAGGAUCUUCUAUUUUUGGCUUGCAGUCAUCCUGAAAAUAGAAGCAGUCUGACAAGCAUGGAAGAAUGGCCUGAGUGGAUUCUGGAAAUCCUGAUCUCAAACUAUGAGGUGGGUCCUAGCAAAUUAUCUGAUUCAACAACCAUUGGAGAUGGAGACAUAGAAGACCUUAUACAUAAUUUCCUUAGUAUCAUGCUAGAGCACUCAAUGCGCCAAAAGGAUGGAUGGAAGGCUUAUUGUGGUUUUUUGAUAUACAAAAGACUGCUUACUGUGCUCAGUGUUGCCCAUUGUGUCCAGGAUAUUGAAGCGACAAUUCAUUGUGCAGAAUGGCUUUCUAUUGUUGGUGGAUCUAGCACAGGAGAACAACGACUAAGGUUUGGUUCCAUUUCUUCUUCUUCUUUUUUCGAUGCUGUCUGGAAUUGUUUCCUAGCUAAUCAGUUUACUGUCUUUUAUAAAGAGAUCUUGCAUGGAAGGGCUUUGCACUCGCUCAAGGAUCUAAGACUAAUGCUUCUCACUAAUAGCAUGCUACUUGUUUAUUCGAUUGCUACUGAUUCUAGAAAAAGGAUUCAUUUUGCAGCUGAGUCAAUAGGAACUGUGCCCGUUGGGGGAAGCAACUAUGUUGAUAGUAAGAUAUUAAAUGUACUGGUUAGCUUGAAGUGCACCCAACUCAGUUCUACCACUACUGUUGCCACCACCAGAGCAUUUGUCGGAGCAGUCGCCGUAGUCGCCACUGGAGCAGUCGUCAAAGCUUUCGUCAUUUUUGGAAUUUUCAUCAUUGUCGGAGUUGUCGUUGGAGCUGUUGUUGUCGGAUCAGCAGUUUUUGGAGUCAGUGGAAGCAUGAAGUUGUCUAUACCCUUAACUCUAGCAAUUCAUCUACGCCUUCUCUUGUUGACAGUAGUUGAGCAGGUCUAUCUUAGGCAUGCCUUGAUACGCGAAGAAUCAUUACCUAUUUUUAAGAGGAGACUCUUGGGAGGCUUGCUGGAUUUUUCUGCUAGAGAGUUGCAGGUUCAGACUCAAAUUAUUGCUGCGGCUGCUGCUGGUGUUGCGGCUGGGGGUUUGUCGCCAAGGGAAGCUAAGGCUGAAGCUGAUAAUGCUGCCCAAUUGUCCGUGGCUUUAGUAGAGAAUGCCAUUGUGACACUGAUGCUUGUUGAAGAUCAUUUACGGCUACAGAGUAAACAAUCCUCUUCUACACGUUCUGCAGAUACUUCACCAUCUCCCCUUUCUGCUGAGUAUCCAGUCAAUAAUCUCCCAAAUUCAUUGUCUACUAUUAAAGAAUCAACAGAAGCUAGUGACUCCGGGGGAGUCCCUCAAGAUGUCAUUUCUUCAAUGGCAGAUGGAAGUGGUCAAAUCCCUUCACCAGUGAUGGAAAAAGUUGCUGCAGCUGCAGCAGCUGAGCCCUAUAAAUCUGUUUCUUGUGCCUUUGUGUCAUAUGGGUCCUGUGCUAAGGAUUUAGCAGAUGGCUGGAAAUACAGGAGUCGUUUGUGGUAUGGUGUUGACCUUUCUCCUAUUCCAGGUCCGUUUGGUGGUGGUGGGAGUGGCUGGGAUUAUUGGAAGUCUGCUCUGGAGAAAGAUGAAAAUGGAAACUGGAUUGAGCUUCCUUUGGUGAAAAAGUCUGUGGCAAUGCUCCAAGCUUUAUUGCUGGAUGAGUCUGGGCUUGGUGGUGGUCUUGGUAUAGGUGGAGGGUCUGGCACAGGAAUGGGAGGGAUGGCUGCAUUGUACCAGCUACUAGACAGUGACCAGCCAUUUUUGUGCAUGCUUCGUAUGGUUCUUCUAUCAAUGAGAGAAGAUGAUGAUGGUGAAGAUCGUAUGCUAAUGAGAAAUACUAGUUUUGAGGAUUCAGUAUCUGAGGGAAGAAAACCACGGUCGGCACUUUUGUGGAGUGUUCUCUCACCUGUUCUCAACAUGCCAAUUUCUGAUUCUAAGAGGCAAAGAGUUUUGGUAGCAUGUUGCGUGCUUUAUUCUGAGGUAUACCAUGCUGUUAGCAGAGAUCAAAAGCCUCUUCGUAAACAGUACCUUGAAGCUAUUUUACCUCCAUUCGUUGGUGUAUUAAGGAGGUGGCGCCCCAUUUUAGCUGCCAUUCAUGAGCUUGCUACUGCUGAUGGCUUGAAUCCUCUUAUUGCAGAUGAUCGUGCAUUAGCGGCUGAUUCCUUGCCAAUUGAGGCCGCCCUUGCUAUGAUAUCUCCAGCCUGGGCUGCUGCUUUCGCAUCUCCACCUGCUUCAAUGGCAUUGGCUAUGGUUGCGGCUGGUACUUCAGGUGGUGAAAGCCAUGCUCCUACAGCAACUUCCCAUCUUAGGCGUGAUACUUCAUUGAUGGAACGAAAACACACUAAACUACAUACAUUUUCAAGCUUUCAAAAACCUUUGGAAGCCACAAAUAAAACAUCACCCCUUCCAAAGGACAAAGCUGCUGCAAAAGCUGCUGCUUUGGCAGCUGCUCGUGAUAUCGAGAGAUUUGCAAAAAUUGGUUCUGGAAGAGGUCUUAGUGCUGUUGCAAUGGCCACUGCUGCACAGCGAAGGAAUGCUAGUGAUAUGGAGCGGGUUAAGAGAUGGAAUAUUUCUGAAGCAAUGGGAGUUGCCUGGACAGAAUGUAUGCACCCUGUUGCUACAAAGUCGGUGUAUGGGAAAGACUUUAAUGCCUUUUCAUAUAAAUACAUUGCCGUUCUUGUUGCCAGUUUUGCACUAGCAAGGAAUAUGCAACGGUCUGAGAUUGACAGGCGUGCUUAUGUAGAUGUUAUUGGUCGGCAUAGAAUCAGUACUGGAGUCCGUGCAUGGCGCAAACUUAUUCACCAGUUAAUAGAAAUGAAAAGUCUUUUUGGACCUUUUGCAGAUCAUUUAUACAGUCCACCUUGUGUUUUCUGGAAGCUAGAUUUAAUGGAAAGCUCUUCAAGGAUGAGAAGAUGUUUGAGGAGGAACUAUCAUGGCUCUGAUCAUUUAGGUUCUGCAGCAAAUUAUGAUGAUUAUGUUCGGGAGAAAAAUGACCAGCACACUCCAAUUUUGUCAGCAGAAGCAAUCUCAUUGGAGACAGUCAAUGAAGAUGAUGAACAGGUGGAAAUAGACAAUCUGAAUGCUAGGGUCAGUGAUGAUGAUAAAGGAGACAGUCAGACUGGACUUUCUAAAACGGCUGAUCUAGCUGUUGAGUCAGCUUUAGAGUCUGUUGCUACUCAACAUGCAAUUGACGAAGAGCUUGUCCGGAGUUCUUCAGCCAUUGCACCUGGGUAUGUACCUAGUGAGCUUGAUGAAAGAAUUAUUCUGGAGUUACCAUCAUCAAUGGUCCGACCACUAAAGGUCAUACGGGGAACCUUUCAACAACAACCCUCUCUAGAUGAGGUUGACUACAUGGAUCACAUGAUACCAGCGGACUUGGAAGAUUUAGCACGUGAGGCAAAGAUGGAAGGAGAAGCUUGA